UCAGUGCCAUUUAAAAUAAAAGCAGUGCAGGACCCAAAUCAUCUAAUUCAUGGACUGUCUCCGGAACCUGCUGGUGGUUUUUCUUUGGAUGCAUACAGCAUGCAAGCUGGAUGCUGGACUAAAAAUUUCCCAGCCGGUGUUGCUGGAGGUGGAAAGCACUGGUGAGGCCACCCUGGAAUGUGCCCACAACUACGAUGAAAACACAGAGCUAAAGUUAACAAUUCUCAAAGGGAGGGUUGAAAAUGUGGCCUGCAUCGGGACAACAAAUUCAUCCGUAUACUCUGUCAAUUCUACAGGACUUCUUCAAUGCCGGAUUACCCGGAAACGGUACAUUGUCUCUGUCACCUUAUGUGGAUUGAACUCAUCAUUAAUUGACAACUAUUUCUGCAAGAUCGAGAAAUUGUACCCACCCCCCUAUGAAGGGGUAAAAGGGAACGGAACCAUCAUCUACACCAGAAGUGAGAAAUGUUCCCAAUUUUUAUUGCUGCUGAGCAUGGGAAUUCUAGGUAGCAUGACUCUGUCCUGCAUGAUCUACAGCAUUGUACUGACUUUGAUGAACUGCAGAGCUAAAAAGUUGAUAAAGAAAGAAGAAGAGAAUUCUGUGUAUGAGCGGAUGGCUCCCAGCACUGGUGGAGAGCAGAGCAGGAGAAACACCGAGUCAGCUGCCACUCUGUGCAAAUACUGAAAAAAUUGUUAAACUGACUGAGCACGGAAGUCUCAUUGUAAUGGUUUCAAUGCUUCUGUAUUUUUCUAAAGCAGAGUUGAUGUGGUGUUACUCUUCGGAAAAAGGCUGCAGUAAAUAGGUUGCAGCUGUACUAUUUUUAUUCUCAAACCUGCCAAUCUUGACAGCCGAGUUAUCUUUGAAUCAGUGCAGUGCCUCCUGCUAGAGGCAUUAGAGGCAAACUGCCAUGAAGAGCCAAAAGAAGAGGAUCAAUUAUACCAGGGUUAGGGUUGGAUUACUGGACCUCCCUCGAUCUGACCAUAAGGCAGCUAUACAAAGGAUACACUAGCCUUGUGGUUCUGGUACUAGAUCCACAACACAAAAGUUGUGCGAUCAAAUCACACCGUGUCAAAUUAUGAAAUGAAAUACAACAGCAAAAUAACCACAAAAGAGCAUGAACUAUUGUAACGACCCAAUCAAAUCACACCCCCCCCCCAUCGUUUGCCAGCCAGAGGGUGCAUUGCUAAUGCCAACCCUUCCUCAUCUGGGUCUACACAAUAUUCCAGUGCCCACUAGGUGGUUGACUCUUUCUUUGAUCUGAGGCCUUCAGGGAUUAAUUGAGGCCAAAUUGAAGGGGAAUGGAAAUAACAAUUAACCCUCCCCCACUCAACCCGUACGAGAAGCAGCUUCCCCUCUUAUUUCACGUUUUCCAUAAGUGUUACUGUUCACUUGUGAGCAAAGCUGGCCAGCAGGAAAACAGUUCAAACUGAAACAGUGGAAGUCCAUCCCUGCAGGAACAGUGAUAGCUAUUAGCUUAUGAGGCACAAAUGCUACUAAGAGGGGAGGAAGAUUCAGAAUCACAGAAAUGUUACAAUGUGGAAGGAGGCCAUUUGGCCCAUCGUGACUGCAUCAACUCUCCAAAUGAGCAAUUCACUCCUGCCAAUAACCCUGCACAUUCUUCCUCUUCAAAUACCAGUCUAACUCUCUUCUGAGUGUUUUUUUAAACUUUUUUUCACACUCUCACACCUGGUAUCCAUUGAUGGCCCCAGUGUUGCCCAGCUGCUCAAGAUUGCUGUACAAAGUGCUGUAUAGUGCUCUGACGCACAUACAUUAAAAGUUAACCACCCAAUCCCCCACCCACCCCCCUUCCCUGUGUGUUCAUUCUGAGGACAGCUUUGCAAUUGAAGAGUUUUAUAAGUUUUUGGAUUUGUUCUAGAAAGUGCUUUCUUUUUUUAAAGUUGUUCUGAAUAAAAUGAUCUAAUUUGC